AUGCCGCUUACCAACGAUGAAAUUGCAGCUCUAACUAAGGACAUAGCAGCUACGAAUAUCCCAACUAUUCCAGAGCUCCCCACCCCCCCUGCUCGCACACCAUCGCCUCAGCCAAGUCCCACCGAAGCAGAGGUGCCGGACACCAUUGUGCAGAUCCCAGAAUCACUCCGUGAGGCAAACACGUCCUCCUGGGCAGCGCGGAACCCAACACGAGCAAUUAUCUGCCCUCGGACACUGCCACCUCGACUAACAGAUGCCCAGAAGGCAUCUCGAAAGAUCAAGAGGGACCAGAAGAUUGAGAGAACGAAGCACUUACAUGACAUGGUCGCUGAAUACUUAAAUGCACAGAAAACAAAGAUCAAAGCACUCUCGCGGGCUCACCACGUUACUCCCAAGCACAUCAAUGAUAUCAUUGGCAGUCAGACGCAUUAUCGAACCUCAUGCAAAAGUCAAUUAUUCAACGCACUUGUUCAUGCCAAGGCGAAAGAGAUGAACGCAGGCUCUCAGUACUCGUUGGCCGAACUUCGUGAGAUGGUUGCGGCUGACCCUGAAACAAAAGGCCUUACCAGGCAAGAAAAGGAAGAUUACAUUGCAGCUCUCGAGGAGCAUCGUCAAAAAAAGGUCGUUAGUGUUCGGGCGAACAAUCUGGCAGCCGCGCAAGACGUUGUAGCCACAAUGGAUAGGAUCGUGAAGGAGCUGGAUGAUCUGCAAGUUCGGACUGGUGUCUAUGGCACACUAUUUGUCGUCUGCGGUCACAUCAACGACACCAUUCAAAGCGCGAUGCACGGCACGGAUAAUUCUGAAGAUUUUUGGGAGGAUGUGUACGAGCAUCCCAUGGCUGACUUUCUUAGGCAAUACGAACAGUGGGCGUGCACCCAGAAUCAAAGUAAGUCCUUUGUCUCUUUACAUAGCUCGUGUACUUAUGCAGCUCCUGUAGACCUCAAUGAACUUGCUGUGACCGGCAAAAAAGAUAUUGUAAUGAAUUACAACAACUAUGAAACAUCUGUCAUCGAAACGUAUGGAGUGCGCCUUGUGGGCUGGCCCCAUAGUGUCAAGUUCACCAGCCCUUCGAACAUCGGGACCGUCGGCGACAUUCGCAAGCUCCAUGAUGCCCUCAAGGCAUGUACGUGCUACUGGACCAUUUUAUCAUCGGCGGAGGUCAAAGCUCAUGCGUCUGAACUCGAUACACGACAUUCAGCUGGGGAAGUUGUUCGGAAACCACGAAAAAAGUGUUUGGAUGCUGGAGUACCUCGGAAGCGUAAAGACGGGUCUAGCGCAGGACGGGCAAAUAAGGAGAAUCAUAGACCAUUGAAGAGAGCAAAGAAGAACCCUGCCCAGCUGCAGGAAGGUCCUAAAAGCGCUGAAUUUGUGGAAUCUUCUGACGAAGAGGAGGGGGAUGAAUAG